AUGUCGGGGACUCUUGAAGGAUCCAGACAUGAAAAUCUCGCGCAGGAUGUUGAGACCGGGACACUAGAAUGGAAUCAUUUCUCCACCACAAUAAUCGGAACGAUGCCCCCGGAUUUUCGAGGUUUGUCCAAGCCGAGUUGGGGAACAACGUGGGACGACAUGGAGAGCGAGGCUCAUGCUGCAGCACCAGCAGAUUUUGAGGAGUUUAGGACUUGGUUGACCCUCUUCUCCAAUUUGCCUCCUCGUCUGGAGGAAAUCUGCGACCCGACUCAUCACUCUACUCGCUUCCCAAAAGACCGGCGCAACUUUGGGCAAAAGGUUCCUCUUCGAUGA